AUGGCAUUGGAGUUCCUGGGCUUGCAGCCGCCGCCGCCGCCUCAUCCACGCACCCCGAGCGCCCCUUCUUCCCGGAGCAGCAGCGGAGAAGGCGAAGCGGCCGGCGGGGGCGAGACAGAUGGGGCUCAAGGCGCGCAGGGCGGCGGGGGCGGCGGGGGCGGCUGCCGGCGGCGGCGACGGGGGCGGCGGCGGCGGGGCCGCUAACCCCGCCGGAGGGGACGCGGCGGCGGCCGGCGAUGAGGAGCGGAAAGUGGGGCUGGCGCCCGGAGACGUGGAGCAAGUCACCUUGGCGCUCGGGGCCGGAGCUGACAAAGACGGGACCCUGCUGCUGGAGGGCGGCGGCCGCGAAGAGGGUCUGCGGAGGACCCCGCAGGGCAUCGGGCUCCUGGCCAAGACCCCCCUGAGCCGCCCUGUCAAGAGGAACAACGCCAAGUACCGGCGCAUCCAAACUUUGAUCUACGACGCCCUCGAGAGACCGCGGGGCUGGGCGCUGCUCUACCACGCGCUCGUGUUCCUCAUUGUCCUGGGAUGCUUGAUUCUGGCCGUGCUGACCACAUUCAGGGAGUACGAGACCGUUUCGGGAGACUGGCUGCUGUUACUGGAAACAUUUGCUAUUUUCAUCUUUGGAGCCGAGUUUGCUUUGAGGAUCUGGGCUGCCGGGUGUUGCUGCCGCUACAAAGGCUGGCGGGGGAGGCUGAAGUUUGCCAGGAAGCCCCUGUGUAUGCUCGACAUCUUCGUGCUGAUCGCCUCUGUGCCGGUGGUUGCUGUGGGAAACCAGGGCAAUGUGCUGGCCACGUCCCUGCGCAGCCUGCGUUUCCUGCAGAUCCUGCGUAUGCUGCGGAUGGACCGCCGGGGUGGCACAUGGAAACUCCUGGGCUCGGCCAUCUGCGCCCACAGCAAAGAGCUCAUCACCGCCUGGUACAUUGGGUUCCUGACGCUCAUCCUUUCUUCAUUUCUUGUCUACCUGGUUGAGAAAGAUGUGCCAGAGGUUGAUGCCCAAGGAGAAGAGAUGAAGGAGGAAUUUGAGACCUAUGCAGAUGCCCUUUGGUGGGGCCUGAUCACACUGGCCACCAUUGGCUACGGAGACAAGACACCCAAAACAUGGGAAGGCCGCCUGAUUGCGGCCACCUUCUCCUUAAUCGGUGUCUCCUUUUUCGCCCUUCCAGCAGGCAUCCUGGGGUCAGGACUGGCACUCAAGGUACAGGAGCAGCACCGGCAGAAGCACUUUGAGAAAAGAAGGAAGCCGGCCGCUGAACUCAUCCAGGCUGCCUGGAGGUAUUAUGCUACCAACCCCAACAGGAUUGAUCUUGUGGCUACAUGGAGGUUCUAUGAAUCAGUCGUCUCUUUUCCGUUCUUCAGGAAAGACCAGCUGGAAGCAGCAGCCAGCCAAAAGCUGGGUCUCUUGGAUCGGGUUCGCCUUUCUAAUCCUCGUGGUAGCAAUACUAAAGGAAAGCUAUUUACCCCUCUGAAUGUAGAUGCCAUAGAAGAAAGUCCUUCUAAAGAACCAAAGCCUGUGGGCUUAAACAAUAAAGAACGUUUCCGCACCGCCUUCCGCAUGAAAGCCUACGCUUUCUGGCAGAGCUCCGAAGAUGCUGGGACAGGUGAUCCCAUGGCGGAAGACAGGGCCUACGGGAAUGACUUCCUCAUUGAAGAGAUGAUCCCCACCCUGAAGGCCGCCAUCCGAGCCGUCAGAAUCCUACAAUUCCGUCUCUAUAAAAAAAAAUUUAAGGAGACUUUGAGGCCUUACGAUGUGAAGGAUGUGAUUGAGCAGUAUUCUGCAGGACAUCUCGACAUGCUUUCCAGGAUAAAGUACCUUCAGACCAGAAUAGACAUGAUUUUCACCCCUGGACCUCCAUCUACCCCAAAACAUAAGAAGUCUCAGAAAGGGGCAGCGUUCACCUACCCAUCUCAGCAGUCUCCCAGGAAUGAACCAUAUGUAGCCAGAGCAUCCACAUCGGAAACUGAAGACCAAAGCAUGAUGGGGAAGUUCGUGAAAGUCGAAAGACAGGUUCAUGACAUGGGGAAGAAACUGGACUUCCUGGUAGAUAUGCACCUGCAGCACAUGGAAAGGCUGCAGGUGCACGUCACGGAAUACUACCCGACCAAGGGGACCUCCUCACCUGCAGAGGUGGAGAAGCUAGAGGACAACAGAGAUUCAGAUCUAAAAACCAUCAUCUGCAACUAUUCUGAGAAGGGCCCCUCCGAGGCCCCCUACAGCUUCCACCAGCUGCCCCUGGACAAAGUCGGUCCCUAUGGGUUUUUUGCCCAUGACUCUGUGAACCUGCCCCGAGGAGGACCCAGUUCUGGAAAGGUUCAAGCAACACUUUCCUCCUCAGCAGCAACGUAUGUGGAAAGGCCCACCGUCCUGCCUAUCUUGACUCUUCUUGACUCCCGAGUGAGCUACCACUCCCAGGCUGAACUGCACGGCCCCUACUUGGACCGGGUCUCCCCCCGACAGAGACAGAGCAUCACGCGGGACAGUGACACGCCCCUGUCCCUGAUGUCGGUCAACCAUGAGGAGCUGGAGCGGUCUCCAAGUGGCUUCAGCAUCUCCCAGGACAGAGAUGAUUACAUGUUUGGCCCGAGUGGGGGAUCGAGCUGGAUGAGGGAGAAACGUUACCUCGCCGAGGGUGAGACAGACACGGACACGGACCCCUUCACCCCCAGUGGCUCCAUGCCUCUGUCAUCCACAGGGGAUGGGAUUUCUGAUUCAAUAUGGACCCCUCCCAACAAGCCCAUUUAGAAGGGGUUGUGGGCUGAGUUCUCCUUGUAAUGUAGACAGACUUUGUAUAGCUCACUUGCUCUCACACACAACACUUGACGGUGAGAUCACCAGUAGCUGCAUCAAACACAUGCAUGUGCGUGGCGGCCCCCCACCAGGGCAGGGGCUUUUCACGGCCUUCCUCCUCCCCAGGUCACCACAGUGAAGCUGCUUCCUUUUAAGCAUGGUUUGCAUGACUUUACAAUAUAUAAAUGGUACCGCUAAUCUCUUCUAGGAUAUACAUUUUUCUGCUGUUGUUAAUUUAAAUCAUUAUUGGACCAGGAUGGGGAGAAAUUAUUGACGAGCUGUGCUAUCUGUCCGUUUGGUUGGCUGCUUUGGGUUUUGGUUUGGUAAGCAGGGAAUGUAGUUUAAGUUCUUUCUCGAACCACUGCCCCUUUGUGUAAAACAGACCAGUAAUUAACUGUUUUCUAGAGUAAGCAAAUAGUUUGCGAACAAAAAUGCAUUGCAAAUCAAAGAGGUGGCCGACUGAGCUAAAACACUAAGAAAGGAACAAGACGGUCAUUGCAUAUCCAAAACCACGAUUUUUUAAAACUAUUUUUUUGGGAAAAACUAACAAAACCAUCUAAACGCUCUCAAAGGGACCUCAUUUGCCCUGCCAUUGUCUGUGUCCUGCCUGUUCCCUCAUCCCUGGUAAUCCCACGUGUAGCAUUUCGAGGGAGUUAUGAAUUGGCGGGGAGAAAACACACACACAAGUUCAAAUAGUUUCCAAUUUAUGUAGCCAAAGAUAAUGAAAUUUAUCAGAAGUAGGGUGCCCCUCUGGACAGGAGCUAAGAUCAGUGCCUUUAAAAUGAGGUUUCAACUCACAUUCCUCCCCAUGGUACUUGUACAAAAUAUCCAUCUCAAAUGAAAAUUAGAAACCAGAAAUUAUCUGGUCCAAGUUUUCCUUUGUAAAAAUGAGAAACCUUUGGCUCAGGUAGAGACAAGCCUGGGGUCACCUCAUUGUCCCCUGGAAAUCUGGGACUCAAAGCUGACUCACUCAAUGCCCUGGUCUCCUGCUACCAUACAACUCGGCCCCUUAUACAGUGGGACCCAGAAAUUGUGCCAAGAUACCUGGACUCUGUCAUGUGGCAAGCACCCACAACACCAUUUUUUCAGCAUGAGGGGGCUGUUUGCUCUUACUGCAAAAAUUGCUUGCUUGAUGCCUUGCAUUUUGGUUCUAGGAGAAUAAAACAAACACUUCAAGCAAGCAAAUUUCAACACUUAUUAAUACACAAAUGGGCAAAAUUUUCAGAACCAUCCAGUUUUACUCCUCCAGAUUUUUUAAAUGACAAGGAGCCAUAAGAUUAGCCCAAGUGUAAGCAGACCCCCUGGAGAGCACUGCCCAAGUGAAUAAGUAUUAAUAUUAAGCACAAGCCAUCCUCUGGCCUCUUAUGAGGUGUCACUACUUUCUGAAACACUUAGGUGGGAAAGGUUUCUGUUAGGUUUGGGCUGGAUUAGCUAAAUUAUGACGCGACAGUAUCACUGUCUCGCUCUUAUCCCACAUCUAAGCACUGGUUAUGGAUGGUUGCCAUGGUUACCAUCAAGAUGAUCAAAAGGGCCUAACCAUCUACACGCAAAUGAUACUGUUUUCCUCAGUCUUGUCAAGAGCUAUGGUAGCUGUGGCAGACAUCUGGUUGCUGCUUUCAUCAUGACCUGAUGCAGGAAACUUGUACUUUGUUGGAGAGAACUAGUUUCUCAGAUCUUGGUUUCUUUCAACCCACAAAUCAACAGUACUGUGCAAAAGGCUCAGAGUACCAUAAUAAUGAAGGUGUGGCCCCUGACUUUAGAAAUCAUCAUCAAAAGCCUGCCAUUUUUACACGGAGAUGGCAUUUUACAUGGAGAAUCUCACAAAUAGAGAGGUGUCGGCAUUGAAGUCUAAGGUGGGAAAUACACAAGAAUGAUCACGCAAUUCAGACCUGAACCCUCCUCCUGUCCUAUGGUUUCGCAUUUGACCUUCUAGCAACCUGAAGGACAAAGGGAAUGGAUUAUAUGCAUGAAAGUGCCAUUGGAGUUAAUGACCUAAGAAACCCUGUGCCCCCUCCUUAGGAUUUGGUUCUUGCUUCUGACCCUCUUAGAAUCUUUUACUACAAGUGAUUGAGCUACCUAUCAUCUAACAUGUUACUGUGUUUUUCUUUAUGUACGUGAAUUAUUUGAGACAAAAAAAAGUGGAGAAUGACUCAAACUCUCCACAUGUGCACAAAUUAUGUUUACCUACUUUAUUAAUAUUCUUACAGAACUGACGGGCCUCGGUGUCCUACCAACAGAUGCAUUUGCCAGGAAUUCAGUAGAGUUCUCAGGUGGACAAGUGAGAUUUUUCAUCCUCAAGCUAAAAAUAGUUAUCAUGGAUCCAAAGUUAGAGGACUGCCUUAGAUUCUUUGAAAAACCUACAAAGGAUAAGAGUUUGUAUUAUUUCUUAAACCAUAGGAGGGCAGUCUAACCUCCUCUGCCGGAUCAUAAGGCCAGGAUGGCAGGGAUUGAUUGGGUUUAUGUCUGUUACCAUCACGUCUCCAACAUGUGAUAAGCUGUCAUUAUCAGCAUAGACAAAGACAAAAUACAUGAUCAUGAAUAACUAAAUGAUAAGGCUUUUUAAGAGCCGUUCUUUCCCAUCUAAGAAGAAAGAGAAAACUGAACUUCUUGAAUAUUCUGUUUUGGUAUCCCUUUACAAGAAAAAAAAAAA